AUGCACCAGGGGUAUGUGGGCAACAAGGCGGCGGUCUUCCCCCUGCAACUGCUGGGCUUCGAUGUGGACCCAAUCAACUCCGUGCAGCUCUCCAACCACACUGGGUACCCCACGUGGAAGGGGCAGAUUCUGGAUGGAGAGCAGCUGGGGGCGCUGAUAGAGGGCGUGGAGGCCAAUGGGCUGCUCUUCUACACGCACCUGCUCACCGGUGGCUCCUCUCCUUCCAUUCUCUCCCUCACACACUUUCCUUUCCCCCCUCUCUCCCUCUUUCCCUCCCUCCUUCCCUCCCUCUCUCCCUCUUUCCCUCCCUCCUUCCCUACAUUGACUCAAUCUGCUCCUCAUUCUCUCAGCUCCUCUCCUUCCAUUCUCUGCCUCACACACUUUCCUUUCCCCCCUCUCUCCCUCUUUCCCUCCCUCCUUACCUCCCUCUCUCCCUCUUUCCCUCCCUCCUUCCCUCCCUCUCUCCCUCUUUCCCUCCCUCCUUCCCUCCCUCUCUCCCUCCUUUCAUCAGAAGUAUCCUCACGACUUGGCUAG